AUGUCGACGCUGGCACAGCGGUUCCCUCUAGCUUGUUUAUUUACAAAUCCGCCCUGCCUUCUGGCAGUUUCCCUGUAUCGUCGCAGUAGAACCCAUUGUAUGCACUUGACAUGUAUCUAUCUCUUCGGGCGGUUCGCGCCAUUUUUUUUUUUAUAA